AUGACACUGCCAUCAGCAGAAGUUUCAAUCAGGAAAACAUCAGCAACACAAGAAGUUGAAGAUGAAAGUGUAGAAGAACGACAGAAGCGUAAAAUACCGCCAUCUGCACCACCGGUGGUUUUACGUUCUACGCCUGGUCGGACGACUUGGACUAAACGUUUGUCAAAAACGAUUCAACGUCGUAGUGGAUCAUUUUUGAAUACUUUGGUACCAUUUCGAAAAAAUCUUGAACAAAAUCAAUCAAAUACAAUGGCAGAAAAAGCACCAGUAAUGACCCCGUUUCAACAUAAACGACGUGCAAGUGCUGCUCCCGCGGUUUCUCUUCAAGUUUCUUUUAAAGAUAGUAAUGAUUCCCCGGUGGGACUUCUAGAGAAAUGUCGGCCAACUACAGCUAAUGCUUCGACUACAACAAACACUAAUGUUUCGCAUAGUAAGUAA